GUUAUUAUUUAGUUAUGUUGUUGCUUGGUUACAUUUGAUGCCUCCGCACGUGGGAAGCUACCGGUUUGAAAGACGCGGCUUCACUUGCUUUUCUGCACCAAGAUGGCAAGAAUCAGACGAUUUGAGAAAGCUGUUUGCUGGAGCGACGACAGAUACUGGGCAACUUGGGACAAGUGGGGAGAGGUGAUUGACUGGGGAGAUGAGAAAGAGCUGUGCUCCCCAGCAGAAUCACCUUCUGACCAGGCUGACAGUUCCACUGAGUCACAUUCCCGAAGGCGAAUUGCCAAGGCAGUUAGCUGGACGGAUGAUGCUUAUUGGGCAGCCUGGGACAAGUGGGAAGAGAUCAUCUGCUGGGGUGAUGAAGAGGAGUGCUCCCAAGUAACUCCACCCACUAGCCAGCUUGGGAGGGAUAAGGGGAUAGAUGUACAUGGGUUGGAGGCUUUUGUGAUAAAUAACAGGACAAUCUCCAUAAAGCCUGUAGACAACCAUCAAGACAGUCUGAAGAUAGGAGCUGUGCUGGUAGACCUCUGCCAGUUUGAUCUCGAAUAUUUAGAUCAAAGUAAAUUUAAUUUUGAAAUUUUGCAAGUACAAAUUGGAGAAGUAGAAGUGGAGGAGACUAGAGAAAAGGCGUUUGAAAAAGCAUUUGAAUUGGAAAUUGAGGAUGUGGCAGUAGAAGUUAUAAACAGUGAAUUCCAGCCGAAUGCUAUAAAUUUGGAUAUUGUUGAAACUAAGGUGGACAAAUUAUUAUUGGAAGAACUGAUCGUUGGCGAUUUAGAAGCUGGCAAUGUGAAGGUGUCAGUAUCAAAUGGCAAUGUGGUGAAGGUACCCUUAAGGUACCCUUCACCACAGAGGAACAGAAGGACCAGGCAACCUUAGACCAUACUCUCUGGUGGUUGACUCGUGGCAACUGGACUUGUCUCUGAAAGUUAGAAACGUUUCGCUGCUCAUCCAAGCAGCUUCUUCAGACUGAGGGAGGUAGUAAGUGUCCACAUAUUUAUCCUCCUGGGUAAGUAGUAUAAGGGGGCUCGUUGAGUGAAACAAAGUGGGGGGGGGAGUUGCGGGUAGAUGUAACCAGUCCCUCCUACUCCAAUAGAGUGGGUCGUUAAGGGUGGUCCACCUGGUGGAGGUGUGAAUUGGGUCUGUUUUUUUCCUGGGAAUUAUUUUUGUUUUGGCAAAUGAUGAGAGGGCCGCAGGUUAAAUUGGAGACAGGUUGUGCCUAAUGCCUCUACCUCUGUUGAGUGAGGGGUUGUGCAUUUGCACAUGCAAAGCUGCUUGGACGAGCGGUGAAACGUUUCUACCUUUCAGAGAGGUACAAUGUCUUUGGAUGUCUUUUGUCUUGUGCAGUCUGGGAGUUGACUGAAUGCUGGGGCGGGGGUAGCUUUUCCUUUGUAGUGGGGUCCGGUGGGGCGCCUUGGGCUCUGUGGGGCCCGGUGGUGCUGCUGCUUUGGGCCCCGGUCUGGAUGGGCCUGGGCCCCCCUCCCUGGAUGGAUUUCAGGGAACGGGGAGUGCCUAUGGGGGUCAGCGGGGGAGCUGGCUCCGGGGGGGGAGGUAUUUUGCCCCCCCCCAUUCCUUUCCUCCCCAUCCCUAAAUGCUUCCCUCCUCCCGCUCCAUCACACCACCACACAUGUAGGGCUUUGAGGUGUAGGUGCGUUGCUGGGAUGCAGGGUAGGUAUUCCUCCUCUGUCCCCUCGCGACCACCUGUACCUCAUUCAUACACUACAACGUAGACACUCUCAUUACUUACUCUCUCAUGACACAUACAUUUAGGGCGUUGGGGAUGGGCACACAGAAUGGCAUCCAGAGGGCGGUCUGUUCAUUCAGCCUUACCUCUGGUGCCAGGGCCCACAUCUCAAUUUUAAUCACACACAGACAUUGAGGGCUCUGGGGAGAGACGGAGCUAACACCAGCUGUUGGUCGGCAGGGGGUGGUUAGUGCCAUGCCCUUCACCUGUUUUAAAAGCACUUUAGAACAACACACACCAACACCACAUCUGAGCGGGCAAAGGGGGGCAUGGGGUCUUUUCACACCCCCGUUCCCUGUUCGCCAUUUGGGGCUGGGGGCUGAGAGGAAGAGCUGGCCGUCUGGUCGGGGUCUGGGCUGGUGGGCUUCUCGGCUACUGCGAGUCCGGGGUGAUCUUCUGGUCUCCUCGCCAGAGGAAAAAUAGGGGUCCACAUAGAGUAUAUAUGGGGAGUGAGAGUAUGUGUACAGCGUUCAUUUCUGUGUGUGUAAAUGUUGGGUGAAUGUGUAAAUAUUUGUUUAUGUCUGCAUGAGGGUGGGAACGUAUGCUUGUAUAUGUGUGUGCCUGUUUGUCUAUACACACGUGUCAGGUUGGGUCCUAGACUCCACCUGAAAUAACAUCUCGGGCACAAUAAAGUGGUCCUCCGCAGAGGGGGGGUGGUGGAGGGAAAAAAAAAAAAAAGCUUGUGACCCACCGACCGAUUUCUUAUUUGAUUACUGUUGUUCCUUGUCUUGUUUUUGACCCCUCGUGGUCUGCUUUUGUUUUUAUUAGUGUCUCUAGUGUUUUUCCCCUUUCCUCCUUUGAAUCCCUGAGUGAGUCGUCCACUCUCUGUUUCUGCUUGCUCCAUGACACGCUGUCGCUCUCAAUCCGCCCUGGACCUGUGACAGUAUUUCUGUUUUUGCUUUUGUUUGGACGUACUGAGUUUAAGAUAUCUAGCUUAGAAGGAAUAGUUUAGCCUGUCAUGUGUAAAAUUGUUGUUAAAUGCGCUGAUAUCAGUGUUAUGUCACAGUACCAGAAACUGAAAAUGGUACAUUUUGUUUUCUUUUUGUUUUCUUGCAAUUACUACAUACAAAUGUUUAAUGUUUUGCUGACAUCUAAUUAGAAAAUAAAUGCAUUUAUGCUUUAAAUGAU